AUGCUCAACAAAGUCAUCGUCAACGCCUACAACCUGUGGGUCGUGGUCUUUGUGGCCAUCGGCACCAUUUCCUCUGCCUACGGUCUCGCCGUCAUCGGCUCGACCGUCGGCCAGCCAAACUUCUACGCAUAUUUCAACCUCGCGCGAGAGGGCGAACCGGGGUAUGGCCAUACAUCCAACAUGAUCGGAGCCUUGAACGGCGUCAACUCGGCGGGCGCCGUCCUGGGCUGCAUUUUCCAAGCAUGGUCUUCCGACUACCUUGGGCGCAAACGGACCAUGCAAAUCGGAUGUGCCGUCUUGAUAGUCGGUGGCGCCCUGUGUGCAGGCGCUUACGACCUCGCCAUGUUCCUCGUCGGCAGAGUGGUCGCGGGAUUCGGAGCUGGCGUCCUGGCCUGUGUGGUCCCCAUCUAUCAAGCUGAAGUCUCAACCGCCGAGACCCGCGGCGCUAUGGUGUGUGUCACCGGCAUCAUGUACGGCACUGGAUACACCCUGGCGGCCUGGCUGGGCUAUGCUUGCUACUUUGUCAGCGGUACCAACCAAUUCGCCUGGCGCUUUCCCCUGGCAUUCCAAGUCGUGUUCCCACUCAUCCUGCUUCUGGGAAGUAAGCUUGUGCCCUACAGCCCCCGGUGGCUCUUGUCGCAGGGCCGGACACAGGAGGCGUUGGAAGUGGUGAGACGGCUCCAUCGCACCGCGGCAGAUCCAGAAGACAUCAAAGCGCGCCAGGAGUUCUGGCUGAUGGAGCGCCAAUACGAGAUGGAUCGCAGCAUGGGCUUGAAUGGGCUUCAGCUUUUUAAGACCCCAUCCAACAGGAAGCGGUGCCUUGUCGCGGCCCUUCUCACCUGGGGAACUCAAUUCCUCGGUGUCUAUGUUAUGACGAACUACGGUGUUUUAAUCUAUGCCAGCCUGGGCUUCUCCGGCUCGACCCCCCUCCUGCUCAAUGGCUGCUGGUGCACCUUGACCAUUUUUGGCAACCUCUACGCCGCAAUGACGGUUGACCGAUUCGGGCGUCGUUUGUAUUUGCUCAUCGGCUCCAGUGGCUGCGUCGGCUGUCUGAUCUUCCUGUGCGCCAUCACGGCGCAGUUCCUGAACACAGACAACUCCGCCGGUCUCCGGGCGGGCGUCUUCUUCAUCUGGUUCUAUAUCUUCUGGUUCGCCACAUUCAUCGACGCAACACAGUAUGUGUAUAUCAGCGAGAUCUUCCCGAACCAUCUCCGUCCCAAGGGCGUCGCGUUCGGUCUCUCCAUGUUUUACUUGAGCAGCGAAGUGCCGCUUGUCGGCGCUCCCGUGGCUCUCAACAACAUUGGCUGGAAGUUCUACCUCGUCUUGAUCAUCCCGAGCGCCUUCUACAUCGCAUCCGUAUACUUCUUGUUCCCCGAGACCAAGGGCCGAACCCUCGAGGAGAUUGGUCACGUGUUUGGCGAUGACCUCACCGUGGCGCACCAGUGGUACAGUGCUACCGCCGAGGAGAAAGAGGAGAUGGCAAGACAAGCUUUGCGUGAGACCGAGGGUGGCGUGUUCCAGCCGAAACUUGUCGAGGACAAGGCUGCCUCUGCGCAGGUGGAGAAGUGA